AGUCGAGAUGUCAGUUAUCGUGGGUAUGCUCGGGAUCGUCACCGUCGUCAUACUGGUCUGCUGGUCAAUUUACAAGAAAAGAUUGAUGAGGAAUCAUACAGCACUGAUACAGCUUAAUAAGGCAGAGGAGAGGCCAGAAGCCUGCGAGGCGGGCACUUUUCAGUACGAAGUAAUUCCGAAAACGGACGGGGCAAACCAACAAGUACAAGCCUCUUUAGCGCCCUCAGCGAUAGUUCCGCCAGAGGAGCACAUCUACCAAAACUUUCCCAUUUUUAAAUCGCGGGCAUUUCGUUACAAGAACAUUCAACCCCAGGUAUCUCAGGAGCCUAUAGAUGGUUUUUAUGAAGUGAGUCUACCAGAGGGAGAAAAUAAUCCAAGAUACACGAUGCUGAACGUAGGGGAUAGGCAGUCAUCGUCAUCUUAUACAGCGCUCCAAAAUAUUCCAACUACGUCUAGAGAAGAGACAUGAUGAUCGCUCACCGAAUAGACGUAAAUUAAAAAAAUGUGCAUCUACGCAAUAUUAUUUAUCACUGACUUACUGACAGUAAGUUCCUUGGAUCAGGAAUACUGAACUUUAACAAUAAUCAAUGAUGGAAAAUGGUGGGGAGGAGAAUAUCAUAACGAUGAAUAUGAAAAAUAAACACUAUUUAAAGAAGCAAAAGACGACGAAAGAGACAUCGAAAAAAUAAUAAUAAUACAUGUAGGUGUACGAGGUUGGGGUAGGGCUGCAAUAACACCUAACCCCGUCCCAACGAGGAUGUUUAAAGUACGGAUAUUUGUUUGUAUUAUGAUAAAUAAGUGACUUUUUGUUGUUUGGUCGCUCGCAAAAUAAAGAAAUGGAGACUUGAAGAGGCAUUAGCUUCCCUCAUAAAGAAAAAAGUGAGCUCAUUUGCCUGUUAAAAGAAGGAUGAACAACAGAAUCAUAAAAUGAUCACGACGACGAAGAUGAAGAAGAAUGAGGAAAAAAGAAAAAAAUGGGAUGAAAGAAAACAAGACUUAACGGGACUGCUUUUGGAUAUUCAUUGCAAAAAUGAAUGAUAAGCAUUACAAUGAGAAUCAUUGUCAGUUGAAGUAUAAGUAGCGUUAACAAUCAUGUAAACAUCGAUGCCAUAAACAUGCUAAAAGAAAACAUAAUUGUGUUGAAGAGCUGGUUCUCCAUGAAUAAUUCAAUGUAAUUUCCAUUAAAAAUGAUUAUGUUUUCGCUGUAUUUAGUCAUUUUGACUGAGCAACAGUCGGAAUGGCAGAGGCCAAUAUACUUGCUGCUUGGUAAACGUUUGGAUCUGAAAUGCUGAAUAAAUAAAAUCAUUAUGUAUAUCACUACGCGAGGCUUUAAUUCAUGCCAAUGCCGUACUUAUGAUUAAUAUAUUAUUUAUUCAUUUAUUUUGUUUAUCUGUUCAUUAUUUAUAUAUUUUUUAGGGGGCGUGCACCCGAACCGUGAGUCUGUUUAUCAUGAACGCAAAAUAACUUAUUUCACUUGAUGCUGCCCAGCAAAUGAAUGUGACAUGUGUGUGAAUACCAUCAGAAUGUGCAAUGAAUAUGAAACAUAUUCUUUGAAAGUUCAUUAUGGAGAAAACAUGGGUUAACUGUGACCAUCGUCUAUUUGAUUGAUAAAUGACACAACAUUUUUUUGGAUUUGUGAAUGUGAUGUAGUGUGGCGUUUUUUGGAAGACUGUUUUAGGAGGUCGUAAAACUUGUAUUCUUAGAAAUAUAGUCAUUGUAUUUUAAAUAAAGUGAAAUAAAAAUGUA